AUGGGCAAAUCUCAAAAGCAGCCAAAGCAGAAUGCAAAGAACGCGAAAGGAGGAGUGCGUAUGAAUAUCUCCAAAUCCAAGCAUGUCAAUAGGCAGCAGAAGGCUCCAAAAUCAGGUCAAGGCCCAGCGGAAUCACUGGAUACAGCCAUGGAAGCAGCACCCUUGACUUCAACAUCAACAUCAUUUGCCGAGCUAGCAGCAGCAGCAGCGACUCAAUCGAAUACCUUUGACGAGAACAGCGUACAUUACAAUGACGAGCACAGCACGCACACACAAAAGGACUACUCUCACAGAGCGUAUAUGCGAGAACUAAAGCGAGUGCUCGAUCUUUCCGACGUAAUUCUCAUGGUCCUCGACGCACGUGACCCUCACAACUGUCGCUCUGCCACUAUAGAGCGUGAGAUACGUCGUCGCGAAGGCGAGGGCAAGAGACUUGUCUUUGUGCUCAACAAGAUAGAUCUAGUGCCCAAGGAGAACGUUGAGCAGUGGCUCUCAUUCCUACGUUACCAAUAUCCCACUGUAGCUUUCAAGGCCAGCACCCAGCAGCAGCGUGCCCAUCUCUCGCAGAAGAAAGGCAGCGCAUCGGGCGGCUCGGCAGCUUCUACAGCCGACUGUUACGGUGCUGACGGACUAGUGAAUCUGUUGAAGAACUACACCCGGAAUGCUAACCUCAAGACGUCAAUUGUGUGCGGUAUUAUCGGAUUUCCAAAUGUGGGUAAGUCGUCCGUCGUCAACUCACUCAAGAGGAGUAAAGCUUGCGGCGUAGGUGCUGUGCCUGGUUUUACUCGUGUCGCGCAGGAGGUGGUUCUCGAUAAGAACAUCAAAAUCCUCGACUCCCCCGGUGUGGUUUUCGCGGAUGGCGAGGACGGCGACGGCGAGCAGGAGCAGCACGAAGAUGCAGCCAAAGUCCGCCGCCGACAGGCUGAGAUUGCGCUGCGGAAUGUAGUCAAAGUGGAGAAUGUAGAUGAUGUCCAACCUGCUGUGGAACUCAUCCUCGAGCGUUGCACUCCUACCCACCUCACACAGCUCUACGAUAUACCCGCUUACGCGGGCGUCACUGACUUCCUGGUCAAGAUGGCCCUCACCAGGGGGAGAUUAGGGAAGGGGGGUGUACCCGACUUGGUAGGUGCGGGGCGACAGGUGUUGCGUGAUUACACCUCUGGCAAGAUACCCUAUUAUACGCUGCCACCUAGAUCGAGCUUGGGCGGGGGCGCUGGUGCAGCGACAAUUAGAUCCAAGCAGUCCAGUCUCUCCUCGGGCUUCUAUCCGAAAGAGCAGCAGAAUCAGACGCAGAGCGCACAGGAAAACAACAAUAACAACACGGAUGCAGCUAUCGUCAGCCAAUUCGGCCAAGCUUUCGACCUCGCUGGGCUCAUGGGGGAGAGUGACGCACAGGCUUUGGGUGGAGCUGGAACAGCGGACUGGAGCAUUGGCGUUAAGAGAGGACGGGAGGAGGAGGGUAGAGAUGUAGAUGUGCAGGAGGUUGAUCAAGUUGAAGCACAGCAGCCUGUGCACGCAGACCUGCGCAUGGAAGACACUACAACCCAUACCUCCCCUGCACACCACAGUAUAGUAUCCCUCCCACCGAAAAAGAAGAGACAGGUUGCAACACCUUUCUCUAAUCAAAAUCAGAAUCAGAAUCAGCACAGCAGGCUUUUCGCGCCGGGCGAGAGCGAGCAGUUCGCAGGCGCACACGCUUUGUCAAGACAGACACAGAAGAAGAUACGCAAAAUGGAGGCUAAAGCAAGGGCUAAGAGUGGUGCUUUGCCUAUGUCUGGCCCGGGUGGGGAGGGCGAGCUUAUGAAGGCGUUGAAUGGAUUGGGUGUGGAGGGGAUGAUGGAGGGAGUGGAUGAGGGAGAGGAUGUCGAUAUCAGCAACCACAGUGAUCAAGAAAACCAUAGCGACAAGUCGGAACACGACGAAGGAUUAGAUGGCGGUAGAAGCGGUUAUGGGAUGUCUAUGUUCAGCGUUGCUCAGCCUGCGCCAGUUAGUGCAGGCACAGCACCAUCUGCACCACAUGCACCACCUCAAAUGAUAGACGAAGACGAGGAGCUUGCCGUGGGCGCGCAGCCCAACACACACGAGCGUGUGUAUCGCAGCUGGGGCAGUAGUGGUGGUGCUGAGUGGGGGAGUGGUACGAAAGGGUGGAAUGAGGAUGCUAAAUCAGCGCAAAGUGCUGUUAUUCCUCGCGUCAAUUGGGGUAUUCUUCGCAGUAGCCUGGCAGUGCUGCUGUCGACUUACACAGCCCUUCCGGCGCUGAUGGACGCGGCGGACUCACCAACGGUUCAAGAUAUUCUGCGGCAGAAGACACUCAUCACGGCAACUUUGUGUAUGGCGUGGCUGUCUAUCAUACCUAUUGGCUUGGAUUGGGAUAGGCCCUGGCAAGUCUACCCGCUCAGUGUGUGCGUUGGCAGUUCUACUGGUUACGUCAUUAGUCGAUUGAGUGCCAUGGCAUCCACAGCACCCACAAAACACCUCGCUAGCUGCAUUUUCUGCAAGAUCAUUGCAGGCGAAAUUCCUUCAUUCACCCUCUUGUCGAAUGACAAAGUGCACGCUUUCAUGGACAUUGGGCCAAUUGCUAAGAACCACGCACUCGUGAUUCCAAAAUAUCACGCUCCACGCUUCACAGACGUGCCUGACGAUUACGCCGCAGAGCUUCUGCCUGCCGCUAAGAAAGUUGCUAAGGCUAUUGGCUGCGACGAGUACAAUAUCCUCCAGAACAACGGCAGGAAUGCGCAUCAAGUGGUUGAUCACGUGCACUUCCACAUCAUCCCCAAAGACGAAGAUACUGAUGACUCUGGUUUGGUUGUCGGCUGGCCUACGCAGGGACUCAGUAUGGAUCAGAUCAAGGAGGAAUAUGAGAAGGUUAAGGCACGUAUGUAA